CACGUAGUGAAAAUGGGAGGGUCUAGAAGGAGGCCGGCUCUGGUGUGGUGUAUAUUUAUCUGUAAGUGAGCUGCUGGGGAAGGAAUUAAUAGAGACGCUGCCUGCUGCCUCCAGACAGCUGAGCCCAAUCGCUGAUUGCUUUAACUUUUAAGACACCCAGCUUGCUUUAUUCUUUCGGAAUCCUUGUAUUGCUAAGACUGGGGACACUGUUUUCUUUUACAAAGGAAAAUCUAAGUUCAUUUCAAGGCAUUCGAAAUGGGGAAAGACUAUUAUUCAAUUUUGGGAAUUGAAAAAGGAGCUACAGAUGAAGAUAUUAAAAAGGCUUACCGAAAACAAGCCCUCAAAUUUCAUCCGGACAAGAACAAAUCCCCUCAAGCAGAGGAGAAAUUUAAAGAGGUCGCAGAAGCUUAUGAAGUAUUGAGUGAUCCUAAAAAGAGAGAGAUAUAUGAUCAGUUUGGGGAAGAAGGGUUGAAAGGAGGAGCAGGAGGUACUGAUGGACAAGGAGGUACCUUCAGGUAUACCUUUCAUGGGGAUCCUCAUGCCACAUUUGCAGCCUUUUUUGGAGGCUCCAACCCCUUUGAAAUUUUCUUUGGAAGACGGAUGGGUGGAGGUCGAGAUUCUGAAGAGAUGGAGAUAGACGGAGACCCCUUUAGUGCCUUUGGAUUCAGCAUGAAUGGAUAUCCAAGAGACAGGAAUUCUGUGGGACCCUCCCGUCUCAAGCAAGACCCUCCUGUUAUUCAUGAACUUAGAGUAUCUCUUGAAGAAAUAUAUAGUGGCUGCACCAAACGGAUGAAGAUCUCUCGAAAAAGAUUAAACCCUGAUGGAAGGAGUUACAGAUCUGAGGACAAAAUUCUCACCAUCGAGAUUAAAAAAGGGUGGAAAGAAGGCACCAAAAUUACUUUUCCGAGGGAAGGUGACGAAACACCAAACAGUAUCCCAGCAGACAUUGUUUUUAUUAUUAAAGAUAAAGAACAUCCCAAGUUUAAAAGAGAUGGAUCAAAUAUAGUUUAUACUGCUAAAAUCAGUUUACGGGAGGCACUGUGUGGUUGCUCAAUUAAUGUGCCAACAAUGGAUGGAAGAAACAUACCUAUGUCAAUCAGUGAUAUUGUCAAACCUGGGAUGAGGAGAAGAAUUAUUGGAUAUGGGCUGCCGUUUCCAAAAAACCCCGACCAGCGUGGUGACCUGUUAAUAGAGUUUGAUGUGUCCUUCCCAGAUGUCAUAUCGUCAUCAUCCAAAGAGAUCCUUAGGAAGCAUCUCCCUGCCUCAUAGAAUGAGAAGAACCUUGCUACCCAUAUUUUGAUAAGACACUGAAAAUAUAAAAUGAAUGGCAGUGGACUGAUGUGCAUUCUGUAUAGAGCUGUGUAAACGCCGCUGAGGGUUCAUUAACGUGCAUGGAUAGAGAUGGGUCAAAUAGGCAAAGUGGAUUUUUACAGCAGAGCUGAAGAAAAAAAUCACUCACUGUAUUGUAUUUCAUUUCUCCCAAAUCAGAAACUUUUAGUAUUUCAUUUAUAAGUAAAAGUUGGUUUUGUGGUCAGUAGAUAUACCUCUAGUAAAGUACUAGAUCACCCGAGUACUUUAUUGUGUGUGUCUUUAAAUGAUCAAUGUGAUAGACUUCCUUAGUAGAAAUUAAAAUUCUUACCUGAACAUGUAAUAUGUGGAGGAGAAUAAAAGACAAGGUCGCGGAGAUGUGACCCAGGCCACCUCCAGAAAUGCUCCUUCGGGCUGGUACCAGUAGAAGAAAGUGCUGAUGCACACAGUUCAGCACUGUGACCGCUCGUGGGCUGCCGCAUUUCUUAAGGGUGUGGUUGCAGUGCUCCUAGGGCUGUCCUCUUCAUGAAAAGAAAAUGAACAACAGUUUAUCUCCUGUGGAAAUCCCAAUAACCCGAGUUACUGAUAUUUUAGCAACUGACCAUUGUUAAAUGGCCACCUGUACUUUCAUGUAACUUUGACUAUAUAUCUUGAACUGAAUACAAUGAGCUCAUUUUGUUUAUUAAAGAUAAUUUGUUUAAUAACAUUUGUUUUUAGAGAAAAUACUGCUACUUGGCAUUAAUUUUCCAUUUAUAGUCUUCUAUCCUCAUAAUAUGCUAUAUGUACCUUACAUAAUUUCCCUAAGAACAGUGAGCUACCACUAUGUGUUAAACCAAAUAUGGACAGACUAGACACUGCUGCUCAUGGGUCAUGUUGCUCCUAGUCGUUAUGCAUAUAAAUAUCUUACUUUUUCAUGUGUAUAGAUUGUGUUUCUUAGGUGUUUUAAUUUUUUAAAUAUAUUUACAUUUAAAAAUUAUUCUGCCUUCUGUUUUAUGUCUAUCAAAAGUGAUGUUAUGAGAUAGUUUUUUUGUAAAACAACGUUCAGAAUGAUACAUAUUCAUACAUAUAUGUUUAUGUAUGAAUAUUCAUUUAUAAAUAUAUAUUUAUGUAUGAAUGUUGGGCCCUAUAAAAUUAGUAGAUUGUAAAUUGAUUUAGAAAUUCUUUGUAAGUUAUAAUAAGCAUAUAGCUUGCAGUUUUAUUGAAACAAUUCUCAUAAGAUAACAUUUAUACUAAGCCCCCUCCCUCCCUUUUUUUUUUUUUUUUUUUUUGGUGUUGAUGACUGGAUUGGGUGCCUCCUGCACACAAAGUGCCUCUGACCUUGGAACUAUGCCCUGCCCUUUUCUAGUGUAUGUUAAUGGAUUUAGUACAUUUAUGUCUCUUUCCCAUGAGAAGCCCACGUCACUCCCUAUUCCUCCCUUUCAGUUCCUGAAGCACCUAUCUGCUUUUCGUGAUAGAUUUUUUUGUCCUAAGUAUGUCUUAUAAACAGAAUCAAUCAACAUAUGGCUCUUUUAUGUGAUUUCUCUCACUUAUCAGUGACUUCAUCCCUUUCAGUGGCAGAUCAAGUACACGGGUGGGAUACCAUUUUGUUUACCUCUUCGUAGGUGUUUUAGGCCUUUGGCCUUUGGGUUAUAUCUCUCAGUGGCUUGUAUGAAUAAUGACUCUAUGAACAUCUGUGAGCAAACUUGUGUGUGGGCAGAACUGACUACAUUCACUGCACUACACACUUGAGAGUGGAAUUGUUGGAAACAGCUACAAUGUUAGUUGCAAAUGGAAAAUUAAAAAAUGCCAGAGAGUUGAGGUAGUCACGGUAUCUCUAUGAACGUCAUGGAAAUUCUCUUACAAAUAGAAAGAGCUAAAGUCUUGGGAGUGAUGGUUGUAGCUCACAUUCAAAACCCACAGUAUCUAACUACUGUGUGGUUUGUUUGUGUUGGUUUGUUUUGUGUGUGUUUAUUUUGUCUGUUUCGAGGUAGGGCCUCGCUGUACAGCCCCGGCUGGUGUGGUACUCCUGUGUGGCUCUGUUGGUUAUGGCAGUCUUUCUUCCUGCCUCCCAGGAGUGCUGGGAUGACAGGCCUGUGCUGUUCACACCACAUCUGCCGUGAACCAGCAGU